AGUGUCGGAGGUUGAACGCGUGCUCUCGAGUCGGUGUGUGGGCAUGAGACACCACGAUCUCCUGUAAUAUUUUGAAGUUUUCCCACGUUGAAAUUUCGAAUUUUGGUAACGAGACUUAUGUAAAUACAUGUUGAUAGAGGAAUACUGCCUUGACUUUGCCGUAAUAUGAAAAAAUCUUAACCUUCGGGAAAGGAAAUAUUUGUCAUCGGUUUCAAGAUAAAGAAUCUAGCCUGAAGGAGGAGGAAGCCCGACGAAGGAUCGGAAGGUGUCCCGCACAUGUGUUCCUUCGAUCCCUCCCUCCCGCCUCGUCUUCUGCAGGACGCGCGGAUCAUCCUCUGCAGGGGAGGCGGCGUGCCCUGAUAUCGGGCGGGUGUGAGCAAAGGCAGAGAGGAAAGGUAAACAGGAGAAGAGAGACGACCACCGGGGAGGACGACGCGGAACGACCUCUCUCUCUUCGUCAGGAAAACUCGGCCCUCUCGCGGUCAUCGGCGCUCGCUCUCCCUCCAGGAUGAAGCUGAAGGAACGGCUGGUGAUCGGGGUGAUGGCGGGGCUGGUGGUAAUGACGGUGGUGUUGGUGCUCGACGUGGAGACGGGCAUCACCAUGGGAGGACGCCCGCGCACGCCCAACCACGCCCGCGUCCAGUACUCGUUCCGCCAACGACACCUGCAGAAGACCAACAACGGGUCCCGCGAGGCCUCCCUGGCUGCCGUGGCCUCCGCCCAGCUGAACGCCGCCGUCGAGGGGCCGGACAACCUGGUUGCCGUCGGGAGCAAGGGUCGGCGGGAGGGGAACGUGACGUCGGCGGCGCCCUCCGACCGCUACGACGACCUGAUGGAGGCGGUGCUCAAGAUCCACAACGUCAGCAAGGCGAGCCGGAAAUCGCGCAAACACUGGAACCCAACCCUGAAGGAACUCCUCAGCGUCGACCUCAGGUAAGGACCCCGGCAACUGUUGUCCUAGGCUGUAGGGUUUCGAUGUCGACGCUGAGAUAUCCUAAGCACGAAGACAUUAUCGUCAAUCACGCUGAAGGAGGGCUUGAGAUGUGACAGAAAACGGGAAAGAAUCACAGAAAACGAAGUGACAGGUUGGGUUUUCUUGAUGAAUAUAUUUUGUGCUCUAAAAAGAACGAUCACAUUCAUGGCACAGUAAAUGAAUCGCAUAAACUUGAGACAUUCUUAUUUUUAGUUAACGCGCAUAUUAAAAAAAAAAGCCCCGCCUUAUAUUUACAAUGGAAUUAAUAUUCAUGGACCGAGCUGUUAUUUUCGCAAAAUGUAAUAUACAUGAUAUACACGCCAAUUAUUAGCCUAGAUUCUUUUAAUAUCGCAUUUCAUCCCCCUAAAAAACAUGUAAAUUAGAAGAGCAUAUCAAUAUAACUUUUUUUUUUUUUAACGAUCCUAGACCAUCAUUUUUAGCCUCACAACCUCGCACAAAUUAACAGCCCGUAUUCAGCCUUCCCGAAUAAAACGUCUUACAUACAUUAGCACUAAAGACAGGCGGUAUAGUGGCUGUUCCAACGGCAUUUUCUCCCCCCGAAAUGGCAUCUGAUGGUCUGCAGGAGAACAUUUACACGGGGCAUUUGCAUACAGAACACAGGCCUGGCGAACUCGUCUUUUUUCCUCAACGCUAAAGGUGAUUAAGUGUGGAUGCAUGUGACAGUAAAG